AUGCGAGAUUUUAUAACUUCAGCUCAAACUUUCACAAAUUAGCAGGAAUUUGUCAACCUAAAUACGAUCCAAAAUGAUGACUCUUAGGGUCUUGCAGAGUAAGGCCAACUCCAAGCUAUGAAGGAGGAGCUCUGCUACAGCUUAAAGAAGAAAAUUAUGAAGGUUGGCAAGUAGAAAGUGGGGGAUAAAGUUUCCCUAAACCCUUAAUGCCUGAAAGAGCUUUAUAGACUAAUAAUGACUGAACUUAACCCAAAUGAGAGAGCCUCCAUUGCUAUUUACGAGCUACAAACCUUUAUCAUUGAGCUAGCUCUUAAACCUAAAGAGGACUGGAACAAUAUGAACUUUGAGAUGUUUAUCAACUUUAUAAUGUCAUACAUCAGGCUUGAGCCCAAUCUUUGGAUUAAAUCGUCAGAUGUUCAUUAAGGCAUAGUGCAAAAACUCAGAGAUUAAUUUGGGGAGAGUCUUGGGGCAUUACCAUCAACGCAACCAACUUAAUCAUUCGCCCCGCUUGAUAUUAAUGAGCAAAAGAAAAUGAAGCAAAAUUAGAAGGCCAUAGCCUCUUAUAAACGAUACAUCGAGGAAAGCAGACAUUUGAGAAAUCCUCACGUGAAUUUAAAUGGAAAUGAUACUAAAUCUGACUCAAUGCCAUAGAGCGCUGCUAACGAUGAAAAAGGGAAAUAGACUUUUAGUUAGUUCGUACUUGAAGAGGUUAAAUGCGAUGAUAGUUUAGAAGUUGAGGAAAAAGAAGAUUCCUUCUAAGAGAAAAUAAAAUAGCAAAAGAUUCAGAAAAGGGCUGAUCAUCUAAAAAAAGGGCAUACCAUCGACAUUAAACUGAUACCAUAAUUAUAUAAUUUCUACUUAGCGCAUAUUGUAAAUUGCUAGAUCUCGCUUACAGAGACAUAGAAAUUUUUAUUGCAAAAUUUUAUAAUGUUUUUGAGUUUUAAGGAAAAAAAGAAUAAAUUAAGAAGGUUAAAUGAUGAGAUCGGCAAUGGAAAGGCUUCUACAGGAGAACUAAAACAUAGUAGUCGCUACUCUAUGCUUAUUUCUAGUGGUAUUGAGUAUGAUGACGAAAUCGAUAAUAUUAAAAUUGGAAAGCGUACUAGAAAUCCAAAGGUUACAGGUUUUUAUAGUUAGCAGAUUGUUGAAGCAGUUCAGAUGAAUUAGAAUGGAAAGGAUGAUCAAAAUUACAAUUCAGAUACUAGUCUGAGCUCUCUAAUUAACGAUGACUACGAUUUUCAAGCAAAACUUAGAGAAACUAACACUAAGUAUAACUUAAGAUAAAGACCAAUGUUCAGCAUGCGCUUUGAAGGAGACGAUGUCAUGGAGUAUCAUAAUCCUUUAGGAAGUAAAAUGAGCUAGAGUGCUAUGAAGCGAAAAAAUCAUUAGAAAAAAAGGGACAUGGCAGCCCUUAAGUUAAGUGCAUAACAAACAUUAGAAAAUUACGAUACUUUUUAGAAGUUAUAAGACUGGGUAAAUGCUUAAAUCAUUAACUCAGAGAGCUUCUCAAAUGAUUUGAAAGCUAAUCCUGACCAGAAGCUUCCUUCAUCAUUUGAUAAAAUGACAUUAUCUGAUAAAAUAAUCUUAAGUAACAUUAUGGUGAUUAUAGACUAGUAUGUACUUUCACAUGGAUGGUAGUGCAUUAUACAUUAAGAAGAUAUCACUAUGUUUGAUCUGGCUCAACUUAUAACAAAAAUCACAAAACAUGUAUUUUAGCAAGGGUAAUAAGAAGCAAAAGACAUCGUAAUUGGCUACAUAUACUAAAUCUAGAAUAGAAUUUUAAUAAAUACUAAGGGAAAGACAGCUAUGAAGUACAUGGCCAAAGUUAUUAAGACUAGCAGCAAAAACAGAGCUAUUCUUAAAUCUGAAAAUCUUGACAACUUGACUUUAUAGCCUUUUGGAACUCCAUGGACUCAGAAUAAAAUAAAUAAUGUAAUAUAAGCAUACAAAGUAUUCCAUGAAAAUUAGACUCAGUCUCGAUAACACUAGAAUCAUCCUUUUGAUAAAGAGGUAGAAUUGGAUAGUCGAGAAUUAGAUCUAGUAGAGGAAUUGAUUGAUGAUGAUUUGAAUUUAUCAAGAAAUGAAUCUGCAAAUAAACUUACCAAAACAAACUCAAAAAACAAGUAACCUCUCAAAAAGAGUCAAUCAAGUGUGAUAGUUGAGAAAAAGGAAAAACUAAAGCAUUGCGAAGAGAGUAAAAAUCACAAGUCAAAUAUUAUUGAAGAAAAGGAUCACUUGAUUUCACCUGCAGAUAGCAACAAUUUUACUCAAUAAAAUGAGUCGCCUUCAUAAUACCAGCAAAAAUUCGUGAAAAAGUGGAGUGAGUAAGAUUACAAAAGAUUUUUAGAGGCAGUAGAUCUUUUUAAAGAUUCUUAAUUGGGAAAUAAGAAAAUUGCUAAGUAUAUGGGAGAUCAUAUAGACCCUAUCUAAAUAAGACAUGAGAAGACUAAGUACCAGAAAAAUAAGAGAAAGCAGGAAAGAGAACAGAUGGUUAAAAGAAUCAAUUAGGCCUAGAAUACUAUGCAUUCAGUUGACUGGGUUGAGUCCUUCGUUUAGCUUGAACCUGUAAACAAAAACAGUGCUAAUGUUAAUGAUAUGAUCAUCAGCUAAAUGAACAGCAGAAACAAAUGA